AUGUCAUUCCUGCCACUCCUCGUCUCCGAGGACCGAGAAGACCACAGAUCCCACAGUCCAACAGCGCCAUGGCAUUUCCCGGCUUCCGGCCCCGCGCUGCCGCAGUCCUCCAUCCCUCUCACCUUCUACGACGUGUGGUGGCUCGGCUUCCCGCCCGUCGAGCGCGUCUUCUUCUACCGCCUCGCUCCAGACGCCGACCUCCCCAGGCUCCUCUCCAACCUGAAGGGCUCGCUUUCCACAGCUCUCCGCGCCUUCUUCCCACUGGCCGGCAACGUCCGCCUCACCCCCGGAGCCGCCUCCACCCGCCAUGACAUCUUCUACGCUCCUGGAGAUGGCGUCCCCUUCACGGUCGCGGAAUACGAGUACGACGGCGCCGACCUGGCGUCGCACGAGCCUAGGCAAGUCGCUGAUAUCGCACAGCUCGCCCCGCGCCUGCCUGGCGGCGGGGCGCUUCUCGCCGUGCAGGCCACCGUGCUGCGUCAACGCCGGGGCCUCGCUCUCGGCGUCACAUUGCAGCACGCCGCCUGCGACGGCGCGGGAUCCACCAACUUCCUCCACACCUGGGCGGCCACCUGCGCCGGAGCGGAGCCUCCGGCGCCUCCUGUCAUCGACCGGGCGCUCAUCGGGGACCACCAGGGCCUCUACGACCACUACGCGAAAAACAUGAUAAGCAGCAAAGAACUGGAGUCCGUCGUCAAGCUGCCCACGGACCAGCUCAUGGCCACGUUCACGCUCUCUGGGGUCCAACUGCAGAGCAUCAAAGACGCGGUCGCCGGCCAGGCCGUGCGGCGUGGCCAGCCACCACCGAGGUGCUCAUCUCUUGUCGCCGCCUUGGGGUUCAUAUGGUGCUGCCACUUUCGUGCCAAAGCGGGGAGCGCGGUCAAAGCAGGUGGCUUCGGUGCCGAGGAGACCUACUUCUCACUGGCCGUCGACCACCGGCGGUGGUCGAAGCCGCCCGUCCCAACGGCGUACUUGGGCAACUGCAUUGGCCCAGCCAUCUGCACAGCGCCCAAGAAGGAACUCGCCUUGGCUGGCGCGAGCAGCCUCUUGACGGCGUGCGCGGUGAUAGCAGCGGGCAUCGAGAAAGCAGUGGCGGCGCCGGAGUGGGAAACGCUGAUGGAGCGCAUAAAAGAGGUGGCACCUACCGGGAUUCUAUCGGUGGCGGGAUCGCCAAGAUUCCUAGUGUACGGCCUCGACUUCGGGUUCGGCCGGCCGGUGAAGGUGGAGAUUGUGUCCGUGGCGAGAACCGGGGCGGUGGCGGUGGCGGAGUGCGGCGCCUUGGGCACCGGUUUAGAAAUGGGCAUCAGUUUGCCGCCGGCUGGCAUGAAGGCGUUCCAGAGGUGCUUCAGCGAUGCCCUCGCGUGCCUAUUGUAG